AUGUCCAAGCUGUGCGAUGAAACUUUAAAAGCUUGUAGAUCCUUUGAAGAGAUGGACGAAAAAUCUCAAAAACACAUUAAGUUCGUUGGAAAGUUGACGUCUAUUUUAUUUGUAGGAGUUGCGAUAUUAACGCAAAUACAUUAUUACUUGUUCUUGCCGAUGCACGAAGACACCAAAAAAAUUUACUUCGCCUACUGGUUCGUGGAAGAAUAUUUGUGGCCUUUCAAACGAAUUUUCUUGUUUUUCUAUUUUUUGUCGAUUUCGCCGACUUUCUACGCUGGAUUAGCGGAACUUCUGCCGGUGAUUUACGUGGUGAUGCAAUGCUACUUCCAAACCAGAAAUUUGCAGAAUUUUAUCGAAAAUAUUUCCAGCGAUUUUGAUUGCAAUGAUUUGAAGCUCUACAAUGAUGAAAACUACCAGAAAGAAAUCGGGAAACGUUUGAUUUUCUGUGUUAAAUACCACCAAGAUAUAAAAAAAAUUUUAAGGGAUCUUUACGAUAUAAUGUAUUACCCAAUUUUGAUCCAAUCUGUGGCAGCUGUAUUUUUUCUAGUUUGCAUUAUGUUUUAUCUAUUAACACAAAAAAAUAUAUCCAAUGAAUAUCCAAGGACGGCUAUUUUAUGUAUAAUGGUUUUAAUAUUGGUUUUGUCUCUAUCUAUAGUUGGACAAAAUAUUCAAGAUGCAACCGAGUCACUUUUUGAUUCUCUAUUAGAAUCCCCAUGGUAUUUAUGGAAUACUAGCAAUAAAAGGACACUGCACAUAUUUUUGCUGAAUACCAUUGAACCUUUUACUUUAUCAAUGUCUGAUAUUGUUUUGGAUUAUUCCUUUACAGUCACGAUUAUCCCUGUGAUGUUUUGCUUGUCAUCAGUCAAAACAAUAACAAGGUUAUCGAAAAAUAUCCCUGGAAGGAAGUUGUUUGCGGUGAGUGGAGUGUGCGAUAUAAAGUCGUCAAACCUGGAAAACUGCCAAUUUCACACCAGCCGUUUGCAGUUCUGCUUUGGCAAAAUGAACGAGGCUUCGGCUUUUAAAGUGGCCAAACAGCUGGCGCCAUCUUUGAAGGACGACAACAGGCAUAAAGGCCAGAGCGGGCGCAUUGGGGUUUUUGGCGGGAGUUUGAUUUUUACAGGUGCUCCAUACUACGCAGCAAUCAGUUCUCUAAGAGUAGGUGCAGAUUUGGUGUACGUUUUUUGCCCGAAAGAUGCCGCCACUGUCAUUAAAACCUACAGUCCAGAGUUAAUGGUGAUGCCAGUUUUGGAUCAGGAGGAUGGGGUGAAACAGAUUGAACCCUGGAUUGACAGACUGCAUGUCGUAUUGAUUGGCCCCGGUUUGGGUAGAGAGGAUUCGACAUUUGAGGUAAUGGAAAAAAUCAUAAAUAUAUGUCGCCAAAAAAACAAACCUUUAGUGAUAGAUGCUGACGGCCUUUUUUUGAUAGCAACGAAAAGACAAAUUUUAAAAAACUACCCUGCACCUGUCAUUCUAACACCAAAUGUGAUGGAAUUUAAAAGACUCAUGGGUUUGCAAACUAUGGAAAAUAAUGCAAGUUGCAGUAGACUUGAGCAGGCGGAAAAGUUUUUAAAGGAAAUUGGUGGUAAUGUUACUAUUUUGUGUAAGGAUAAGGAAGACGAGAUUUUAAGCCAUGGUCAAUCCUUAAAAGUUAAAGGUGGAGGGUCAGGGAGACGUUGCGGAGGUCAGGGCGACCUUCUUUCAGGCGCAGCUGCCACAUUUCUCGGCUGGUCAAUGGACAAGUCACCUGGCAACGAUGUAGAAGAUUUGAGAGGCGCUGUUGCCAGCUUCGCGGCCGCGAAGCUAACGAGAACUUGCAACGAAAAAGCUUUUGCGAAACACGGAAGAAGUAUGAUUUGUUCCGACAUGAUUUUAGAGAUACACGAAGCUUUCGAUGAAACUUUCGAAUUGAGAAGCCAAACGGUUAUUUUUUAGAUACCUAAUUUUAUUUUUGUUAUGUUUUGAAUAAAAUGUAUGUAUUU